GAACACACCAUUUUGGCGGUUCACUCAUUCACUUCUGAUUCUCUGAACUCUACUUCAGUUUUAGGGUAGAUUAGGUUCCACUUCUUCUUCUUCUUCAAUCUCUAAUCUCCAAUUUUGAAGAAGAUGGAGAAAAUGAGAGCGAGAAACUUGAACUCAGUUUUCUACGCUGAAUCCUAUCAUCCCAUUCAAGCUGGCAGCAUCGACGGCACCGACGUUCUUCCUCACGACAAUGCCAUUUAUCGCGCUCACCUCUGUUCCUCUAUCGGCCUCUAUGACCCUUUCGGUGAUCCUAAGAUUAUUGGAGACCCUUAUUGCACUCUUUUCGUGGGUCGUCUCUCUCGUCUCACCUCUGAAGAUACUCUCCGCAAGGUUAUGAGUAAGUAUGGUCGGGUGAAGAACUUACGCUUGGUCAGGGACAUUGUAACAGGAGCUUCUCGUGGUUAUGCUUUUGUUGAAUUCGAAACUGAAAGAGAGAUGCAACGUGCAUAUAUGGAUGCUCAUCAUUCCUAUAUCGACGAUUGUGAAAUCAUAGUUGAUUAUAACAGGCAGCAAUUGAUGCCAGGAUGGAUUCCUAGAAGAUUAGGUGGUGGCCUUAGCGGCAAGAAGGAAUCAGGACAACUUCGUUUUGGAGGAAGAGAGAAACCGUUUCGUGCACCCUUGAAGCCGAUCCCAUACGAGGAAUUGAAGAAGCUUGGCAUUCCACCACCACCUGAGGGUAGAUACAUGUCACGCUUUCAGGUCCCAUCCCCUCCUAGAAGAGAAAGGGACCUUUCGGACAGGGAAGAAGGCUCUCAUAGAAGGAGUUCCAAGGACAAGAACAGGACUGAAGAUGCCCUCAAAAGUUCGGCAGACACUGAGGAAGAGCAUUAUAGAAGGAGUUCGAGUCACCGAGACGAUGAAGAAAGGCAUUAUAGAAGGAGUUUGAGUUAUCGAGAAGAUGAGGAAGGACAUUAUAGAAGGAGUUCAAGUCACCAAGAAGAUCACUCACGCAAAAGGAGAUCUUCAGAGAGAAAAGAAGAGAAGGCUAGCCAUUACCAUCAUAGGGGGUCGUCUGAGAAAGAACAUCGGUACAGGAGUUCUGAAUCCGAGAAGCAUUCUCGUAAACGAAAAGAAAGAGCUGAACACUCUCAUAGAAGGGAAAAAUAUAGCCGGCGUUCACCGAAUGAAGACUAAGGCGGAUGAGGAUCCGUCGAUCAAGCCCUUUUGGAUUUGUAUGUAUAUAGUAUAUACUGUAUACAUGGAAGAUAUAGGAACUCUCAAUGGUUAGCACUUUGUAGUUACUGAUUUCUUAUUAAGAAGGGUCAUGUCCCAAUCCUUACUGAUAGAGCCAACUCAUUUUUCACCAAUGUAUGUUAAUUCAAGUGAUACAACAUUUUUAAGGUACCAUCCCCAAAAAGUGAUUAUGAUAAAGUCAUAGUUUGAGUAGAA